AAUGACUGUCAUGACUGUAAAACUCAACAAGUGACGUCUCUCAGUCAUGCCGGACAAAAGCAUUAGGACACCGGCAGAGUCUUGCUGCUAUGCAUGGGAGUCUGCUGACUUCAAAUAACCCCACUUCAAUAUUCUUCUUCUUCUCUUUCCCACCUUUUCCCCAAAGUCAGCCAAGAUGAGCUCCAGCUGACACAUGGCAAAGCAAAAGAACAUGGAAUUGAUGAAUCUGUGGAAUUUUUCUCUUUUCAAAUAUGUUGUCUCUUUCCAGCAGGAUGUCUUUAAAAAGUGGAAAGGGAGGACCAGAAAGCCGACCAUCGUCUGCAGCCAGCAUUUCUCUUCGAGGGGCGAGGAGUCCAGUAGCCGGCAGAUCCCUGACCACCGGCCGAUUUAAAAAUAAGGCUCUUCAGCUCAGCCUCUCCAAGAAAUUCUGCUCAAAGUCUCCCACGACUCAGAAAAAGGGCAACGGUGGUGGUGAGGAGGAACGUCAUCGGCGCGGCAAACGGAGCCUCAGUAACAGCUCAGCAGUGGCUGCCGCCUACAUCGCAUACCUCAAUAAACUCUUUGGACAGGAACGAGAGCUGAUGCCCCUGGAGUUGGAUGAGUUGCGAGAGGCCUUUAAGGAGUUUGACUAUGAUGCAGAUGGCUUUAUACAUUACAAAGACAUUGCUGACUGCAUGAGGACCAUGGGAUACAUGCCUACAGAGAUGGAACUGAUCGAGAUCAUCCAGCAGAUCAAGAUGAGAUGGGGUGGCCACGUGGAUUUUGACGACUUUUGCGAGUUAAUGGGCCCGAGGAUGCUCGCUGAGACUGCUCACAUGGUUGGGCUGAAGGAGCUCCGCUGUGCCUUCAAACAGUUUGACUGCAAUGGGGACGGUAAAAUCACAUUUGAGGAGCUGAAGGAUGGGAUGAAGACCCUCCUUGGAGAGAAGCUGAAAAAGGGCGAGCUAGAGGAGAUCCUUGGUGACAUUGACCUAAACAAAGACGGCAACAUCGACUUUGAUGGUGAGCAGCUGACAGAAAGAGAUGUCCCAUAGUUAGUUGAGUGAGUGUAAGUCAUCAAGGCUUUAACAUUUGUCACCAGAAAAAUCAAUGAGCAAGUCACAAUGAUUUGAGGUCAAUGGGACCUGGUUGGACUCCGCUUCUUGCCCUAAUUCAGCUGGGAUUGGCUCUCGCUUACCUGUGACCCUAAUAAGGACGAAUUGAAGGAUAUGAAGUUUUUUUUUCACAGAAUUGUUUUUACAGAUUCUUUGCAAGCAUUAUUUGUUCAGAUUGGCUUUUCCUGGUUUUGUGUCGCCAGCGCUUUCUGUUGAUACUUUUUCUGUAAGUAUAUAUUUUUUUGUGCCGUUAUUCGUCUGAGUCUACAUUUGUGCAAUAUGCUUACCAUAUGGUCCAUUUUCGGAUCGUGCCAGUUUAUUUUGUAAUAUUUUAAUCGCAGCGUUGAAACCGAGUUAUCUUAUGGUGUCUUAGAGUACCGGUAACUAAGGAAAGAACCCUUAUUUUUUGAUUUCCUAUUUUUGAUGAACACUUAUGAUUCCCAACUAUGUUACUGCAUUUUAAUGCUUUCAUGAUGAUGCUUGGCAUUUGUUGAGGUGGUGCUUAGUGUGAAACGAAAACUGUGUUGAAAAAAAAAUCAUGCAGUGAAAAGAACAAAAAUUGGGAACAUGCAUUCUAAUUUUUAAACUUCUCAAGUGAUUUUUAAAAUGUGAGAGACCCCUCACAUGAUGAAGAAAUCUCUCUAGUUUAAUCGAAUCAUGCGUAUGAUUGUCUGGCUGUGUGUGAGUCAAUUAAACUUUUUUUUUCCAAACAAUUCAUCACAAAACAUUAUUCAAAUCUAGUU